AUGAGUGGCGAUACUACUGGAGAACUCUAUUUUUUUAGUCACACCAUUGACGACUGUCCACCAUGGGUUGAUGCAACACCUGCAUUAGGUGAUUUAACCUCGAAUUUCAUACGAACACCAACACAUGUUACAAUUCACGAUUUACGUGGCAAAGAAAAUAGUGUCGAGAUCGACACUAAUGGUUUUGAAAUACUCAAAUAUAAUGGUAGCAUACACGAUGAAUUCGACAACGACAGCGAAAUGCAACGACAUUGUUAUGAAGAAAUUGCUGCUCUGCUCAAAAAGCGUCUUGGUGCAUCCCGUGUGAUUAUCUUCAAUCACGUAUUCCGCUUUCGAGCAGUUCCACGUACUGCUGAUCAAUGUGAUGAAAAUCGCAAAAAUCCUGUUUACUUUGCGCAUGUGGAUAAUGAUCCACCAGGAGCUCGAUUGAAAGUACAGCAAGUACUCGGAGAAGAAGAAGCUAAAAAAGUUAUGCAGAAACGCCUUCAAAUUAUCAAUGUUUGGCGGCCAAUGGGUCCUAAUCCAAUAAUCAACAUUCCUUUGACCAUUUGCGACUAUCGCUCUUUAGAUAUCGAUAAGGAUAUACAUCGAGCAGAAACUCGAGGAUCUUCCAAUAGUUCCACGAACUAUAUGAUCUCGUGCAAUACCCAAGGUGCUCAAAGAUGGUGUUAUUUGAGUUAUAUGCGAUCCGAUGAAAUGUUUAUUUUUAAAAUCUUUGAUAGCAAUCCAGAGAGUGCCCAAUUUGGCGCACAUACGGCUUUUAUCAACGAGCAUGCGUCUCAAACAGAUGUCGAACAAAAAAGUCUUGAAAUGCGCUGUCUUGUUUUAUAUGAUGAAUAA